UCAGUGUGUGGAAACAAGAGCUGGAGAUUCACACAGAGUGAGGCAUUUAUCCUGUGGAGAGAAGCCGUGCUGUCUUAAUUGUCAAAUCAGAAUGUUAACUCUCAUCUGGGUGAUUCUGCUCUUCACUGACACAGGUUCUGGGACUUCCCAGUGUCCAAAGAGCAACAGCAGUAUCACACUAAGUGAUAAAAAUGUAUCAGCACAGGCUGGACUGUGUGUUGUUCUAGCAUGUUCUGUUACUACAGACGAUGUUCAUGUUGAAAAUAUAACUUGGUAUAAACAUGAUGGAAAAGUAAAUAAAACAGUAUUUGGCUUCAGUAACAAUACGAAAACUGACCCUGAGUUUAAAGGGAGGGUGUCACUGUUGGAGGCUGACCUGAAAAAAAAGAACUGCAGCAUCAUCAUCAACAAUCUCACCAAGUCGGACUCUGGAUCAUAUCACGCUGUCGCUAAGACAAAGACUCACUGCACACUGAUUGCAAACAUCACAGUCACAGUUACAGAGCUGAGUGAAAAGCCCACACUGGAGAUUCCUGAAAUAACAGAGGGAGAGCAGACUACACUGACCUGCAGCGCUCCUGGUCUCUGCCCUGGAUCCACUCCUAAUAUCACCUGGAUAUGGAGUGAAUCAGGACAAAACCACUAUGAAAUCAAAGAAAACAACACUGAAUUCAAGUCUGAGAAUCCGAAUGCUUUCAAGUCAACUCUGACCUUUAAUGCUUCAGCAAAACACAACGGUAGCCAGGUCACCUGUAAGGUCACCUUCAAAAAUGUCACAAUAAAUGAGACAAAAACUCUUAAAUUUAAAGGAAAAUAUGCACCAAGAAUCUUGAAUGACUCUAAUUGUAGCGCUCAGUCAAAGGUUUUGACCUGUGUGUGUAUCAGUGAGGGGUUUCCUUCACCCACCAUCAAAUGGCCACACUUGGAGAGCCACACUGAGUACUCUGUAGCAACCAAAGUGUCAAACACCAGUGUCACCAGCACCAUCACUGUGUCCCAAGAUCACUGUCACAACUCCACUAUUGAAUGUGUCAGCAGUAAUAGUAAUGGAUAUGCAAAUGUCAGCCUUAUAAUAAAGGAGUUGAAUGCUAAUUCAUCACCAUCUGAAGAAAAAAAUAACUAUAUAUUCAAACAGUUUUUAACGAUUAUUCAAGAGAAGAAAGUCUACAUUGCAGUGUUGACGGGGUUUGUGAUUGGGAUAAUCCUUUCAACAGUCAUUGCUUGUUUGGCAACAAAAUGUCGCAGAAAAAAGUGGAAGAGGUCAGAAAAUCUGUCUGAAAACCUGGAGAUGGUGACUUCUGAAGCUGGUCCAACGAUGGAUGCUGAUCAAGUAGCAACAUAUGAUGGGAUCCGUGAGCCAGAGGACGCUCAAGGAGAAGCUGAGUCUGUUGUGCAAUUACCAUCCAAUGGAAACUGCACAAAAGAGGUGGAGUACUCUGACAUUAACUUCUCUGCACUAAGACCCAAGAACCCUGAAGAGGCAGCAAACACACAGGCCACAGACACAGAGUAUGCUGAAAUUAAAAGAGAAGAACUGAGACAAGAAGACGCCCAAGAGGACAGUGAAAUGUUGGAGGGCAAUGAAGAGAAUGAGUUGAUGAGUAAAAAGGCCAAAGAGGAAGGUGAGGAUGUGGCGCUGUAUUCCAGUGUGGAGGAAUUAAUGGGUUAAUUAUGAGAGCUGUGAGCUCUAUGACAUUUGGAGAGAUUAACUGUGAAGCAUCACACAACCAUUACAACCAGAAGAUACAUGCAUACUGUAAUCAAUGUAUGCGUUGAGAAUUGUGUGUGAUUUGUUAGAUGAGAUGGAAUUUCUGGGAUUUUUCAAUUACCAAAAAUAUAAGAAUGUGUGUAAUAUAAAAGGAUAAACGCGUUUCCACAGGACUUACAAAAAUGGUAAAAAUA